AAUGGCUUGCAUGGUGCCAAACCCGCCAUUCUAAUGGUUGUGGUUCAGAUGGUUUUUGCGGGGGUUAAUGUUCUAUACAAAUUAGCUGUUAAUGAUGGAAUGAGUUUGAAGAUUAUGAUUGCUUUUCGUUUUAUAUUUGCCUCCAUUUUCAUCCUUCCUCUUGCCUUCUUUGUUGAAAGAAAUAAAAGGCCAAAGAUGUCGUGGUCGAUACUCUUAUAUGGAUUUUUCUCAGGAUUAUUUGGGGGAACGUUGAGUCAAAAUUUAUACGUUCAGAGUCUGGCGAUGACGUCAGCAACAUUCGUGUCAGCCAUGCAGAAUCUGUGUCCAGCCAUUACCUUCCUUCUCGCCCUCUCCUUCAGGAUGGAAAAGUUGAACAUAAGGAGGAGGGAAGGGGUGGCCAAAGUGUUGGGAACAUUAGUGGGAAUCGGUGGGGCCAUGUUUCUCACUUUCUACAAAGGCUUCGAGAUUCGCAUUUGGACUACGCACGUUGACUUUCUCAAUGAUCGACACGUGGCACAUGCUCCGGAAAACGCUCAUAAUUACAACCCAUUGCUUGGAUGUCUCUUGGCCGUCGCCAGCUGCGUCUCUUACUCUUUCUGGCUCAUCCUCCAGACAAAAAUGACGGAAAUAUACCCGUGCCACUACUCGAGCACGGCGCUGAUGUGCGUAAUGGGAGCAAUUCAGGGAGUGGCAAUAUCAAUGUGCGUGGAGAGGGACUGGAAGCAAUGGAAACUUGGCUGGAAUAUCAGGCUCCUCACAGUGGCAUACGCCGGAAUCGUGGCUUCAGGAGCCGUAGUAGUGAUAAUGGCGUGGUGCGUACGCGCGAGAGGCCCGUUGUAUGUUUCGGUUUUCAGCCCUCUCAUGCUCCUGCUCGUAGCUAUUGCAGGAUCUCUCUGUCUCGACGAAAAAUUACACCUUGGCAGUGUAAUUGGAGCAGUGUUGAUUGUAUGUGGUUUAUACAUGGUGUCGUGGGGCAAAAGCAAAGAGAUGAACAGCAGUCUUCAAUUAGCAACAGCUGAAAGCGUUGGGGAACUCGAAUUAAAAGACGUUGUGGUUACGACUCCAAAGCCUCAAAAUGACUGCCUCAAGAAUAACAGCACCACUAGUACUUGAAUAAAAUGUUAAAGUUACACUAAAUA